UCAAGAACACUGCUGGGUUGUUCACGCUCAACAGUUAACCAUGGGAAUCAAGAAUGGUCCACCUCCCAAACGACAUCCAGCCGACUUGACACAAAUGUUGGAAGCAUUGGAAUCAACAUGGGCCAGGAUGCCUGUGGGAUGUUUUCAAACCCUUAUAGUCCAUACCCAACUAAUUGAGGCUGUUCUGAGGGCACAAGGGGAUGCAACUCAAUAUUAGGAAGGUGUUCCUAAUGUUUUGUACACUCAGUGUUUGUGUAGGGUUUGGAUGGUGCAAUUGGUGUGCCCCCCGAAUUUGUGACAAAAUGUGCAAUUCACAGUCCAAUCUGUAAAAGGCAGCAGCAAUAGGUUACGCCACGCAGCUUCUAGCCUACCGGAAACGCAUACGAAGAAGAAAGGGAAGUGAACAGUGACCAAGAAACAAUUUCCACGUUAGCGUUUUUGUUGUUAUUUAGACGUUUAUUAACAACCUGUAACUCAUAAUAUGACUCAUUUAACUGCACAGCAUCGAAUACGUAUCCCAUGUGGUGUUUAAUUCGCUCUAGAGACAGAACGGGGUUGAUAGAUGUUAUCUAGGUAACGCUAGCUAAGUUGCUAACAAUGGCUAACUGUAUGGUUUUUCACACUCAAAUAGCCUCCAUCAUGGAGGUGCUAGCGAAUGCAGCCGUGGCAGAGAUCUGUAAACUCGUAGACGACGACUAUGCAGUGUUUCGUUUGGAAAUAACUCAAAGCCGGAAAGAAAACAGGGCAUUGCGGAGGAAACUACUAGAACUGAAGGUGGCACGGGAGCGCGCAGAGAGGACAAUGCGAGAGCGCGUCGUCGCCAGUCGUCCCAGUAGUGUCAAGAUCCUCGACAGAUACAGAGGAAUGGCAAGAGGUGAAGGACAUACCACUGGAGGCCAAAGGAGCUUUGUGAAGCCAGCGGGACACAAUACAUGGAGAGAUGACCAACCAAUCACUGUUGAUGAGGGUGGUGGAACCUCAAACCAGCACGUUAUUGUGAUAGAGUCUGCAGAUGCAGAGGCUACAGGUCCUGGGGUCAAGCAGGAGAGGUCUGAAGGAGAGGAGGAUCCAUGGCACAGCAGAGACAUCCAGGCUGGAGUAGCUGGAGCACCCCCUGUAGCCACAGAGGACCCCACCCCCGCCCCAGCACUGCCCAGGACCCGACGCAGCAUCACGGAGGAGGAGGGUCCAGAGGUGCUGCUGGUUAAGGAGGAGGGGUGUGAGGAGGGUCUGGAAAACCCUGAGGUGACCAUUGUCAUGGAAGACAGCCAGACUACACCUCCUCCUGAACCCCCAGCUGAGCAGCACAGGACAACACACAGUCUCACAGAGUCAGUAGUCAUAGAGGAUGGGAAGCCUGAUCUGCUGCUGGUCAAAGAGGAGACGAUAGAGGAUGGACCAGAGAGCAUUGAUCUGCUGAGUGGACUAAAGAUGGGGGAGCAAGGUGAUUGGCUGGAUGAUAACAGAGGAGACUGGGCGGCCAUCUUGGAUUUCCAGACCCCGACCGGUGCAGCUAAGGUUCCAGGGAACAACAUCACUGAGCAGGCCAGGACCAGUGAUGACAUAAUUGAGUCUGCAGUCAAUGAGGACCAGUUGAUACCUGGUGUUGCUUUUGGGAGAGACUGGACUUCUGAGGUGCCUGGUCACAAACCCUGGCCCCGGAUCAGAACCCUGGGUCCGGAGCCGUCACUCUUUCUUCCCGGGUUGAAACCAGGACAGAACCACAAGGGACAGAGACUCCACCACACAGAACACAACCAGUGGACAGGUGGACUGAAUAACCUCAGUCCUGGUGGUCAUCAGAGAGACAGAGGCUCCAGUCAGGGAUCCAGUCUGCAGCCCAGACCCUUCUCUUCACAAUCUCAGUGCAGGGAUGAUACAGGGCCUGGGGCUGAUGGAGAUAGACCCUCCUGUUCCUAUGAUACAAACACCACAGUAUCCAUGAUGAACAGAGCAGGUCACCCUGGGCUUCAGCCUUCACAGAGAGUGGUGGGAGAAACCCCGGGUGGUAGUCUAUCAGCAGGUCUGUCUUCUCCUUCAGGGUUUCAUCUAAUGCCUGGUGACUUGGUUCAUAGAAGGUCUGGACCUGGAUCUAGGUUUCCUCAGUUACUUCAUGGUUACCCCACCAAUACAGACAGGGUCAGAAUGGGUGUUCAUCACAAGAGGUAUCUAGCUUAUAACACAGCACACAAUCCCAACAACACCCAACCAAUGGCUAGAGGUCAAGGAGGGAGCUCAAACACUAACCACCUGAGGGCAGUGGCUCCUGCUUCUACCUCUGGUGUCAUUGGGUCACAACGUGGGAGGCAGAGUAUUAGGACGGAUGCAGACAAGCCAUACGCCUGCCCCAUGUGUGGGAAGCGCUUCGCUGAUGCAAAUUAUGUGAAGAGGCACCAGACCGUUCACACCAAGGAGAAGCCCUUCAAGUGCAAACUAUGUUACAAGAGCUUCUCCUUCUUGACUAGCCUUAUCAGACAUAAGAGUGUCCACAAAGGGGAAAAUCAUAGCAGUGUGGCUUGAGAAGUACGCAGGGGAUGUCUGGGAACUAUUCUUUAGCUGAAAUAUAGUUCUCAUGUGAAGUGUCUUGGGGUAAGAGGAUAAUUAAUCACAUACCCCUCAUUAACUUGUAAUUUAAAAACAGGCUUGUGUAAAUACUGGUUUUUAGAGAGACAAUAAACCUAGGCUAGAACAAAGACAGUUUAAUAUUUACCUUACUGAGGUAAUGUAGAUGGAAUAAAUUCUACUUUUCUAAACAAGUCUGCUCUCAGCUUGAAAGAUACAGUACUUCUCAUAGGAGAUUUGAUGUGUAACAUAAUAAGCAGUACCAUACUUCCAAGAACAGCACGCAUCCAUUUUUCAUUUAGCUACACCUUUGAGCUAUGAUGCCAACCAAUAAAGAAGGUUACGUAUGUAACCACGGUUAUGUGAGCUAUAUGGAUCACUCCAAUAUAUUGGUAUCACUACGUGGUAGAGGGAUACAUCCGAGAUGAGGAUUUACAGAUUUAUUCCAGUGUACGGCUGGGGUACGCCCCUAUAUAUAGACCCCAUGGCAGCGACACACGUUCUCUACAUAAUUUGAGGCGCCACUAGCACUGUAGAGGAUUGGAGUAACCCAUAUAGCUUACAUAACCGUGGUUACAUACGUAACCUUUUAUUUUUCACUAUAUUGGAUCACUCCAAUAUAUUGGUAUACUCGUACCAAAUUUAGUCGGUGCUAGAAGUAACUGGCCAGUCAGCGGCAAAAUCCCAGCGCCGGAUCGAGAUGUAAGAGCCGUCAAUGUGGAAGGGGGCAAUGUCCCGGGACGAGGCGGCUACGCCGAGGACUGCUGUACAAACCACAGAGGGAGGUGCCACAUUUACCUGAUAGUACCUAGCAAAGGUGCGAGAGGAAGCCCAGCUGGCUGCAGCACAGAUAUCAGCGAGGGGCACUCCUCUCAGUAGAGCCCAGGACGCAGCCACACCUCAUGUUGAUUGUGCCACCACAGAUCCCAGCACUGGCCUGCCAGCCAGGCGGUAUGCUGUUGUAAUCGUGUCCACGAUCCAGUGAGAGAGCCUCUGCUUUGAUAGCCCAGGCAUCAGGACUCUCUUACCGUAGCAGACAAAGACCUGGUCUGUUGUUCACUCUGACCAUAUCCGCUCCAUAUAGGCAGCCAGUGCCUGCACAGGGCACAGCAUGCCGGAGGGAGGCCCUCCGGUUAGAAGCCAGUGUCCCUCCGCCACUGUCGGAGGGUCGUAAGCAGACAGGAUAAAAGGGAUGUCUGACAGAACCUUCGGGAGAAAUUAAGAGUUGGGGCAAAGAGAUAUACUUCUUCCACCGGGGUCCAUCCGGUAGCACUCAGAACUUACCGAAAGAGUAUGGAGCUCACCCUCUUCAUGGAAGUAAUCGCUACCAAGAAAGCCACCUUCAUAGAGAGGUGGUUUCAGGGUGGCAGACUCCCAACAGUUCAAAGGAGGCUUUGCCAAAGUUGCCAAGACCACAUCCAGAUCCCAGCUCACCAUUGAGAGGGUCCUAGCUGGAUGCAGGUGGCAAACCCUCUUCAUAAAACUGGAGACCAAAGGGAUGGUACUCCACUGGCCUGUCCAUCAACCCCACAUUGCAGGCAGAUAUAGCAGCCAAAUACCCUCAGUGUAGAGACUGCCAAGCCCUCAUCCAAACCAGACUGCAGGUAUUGGAGGACUUACUGCACCAUGCAUGACUCGGGCACAACCUCAAUACCAGUGCACCAAGAGCAGAACAACCGCCAGCGCAACUGGCAUGCUGCGGUUGUAGCCGGUGCCCUUGCCCGUCUGUGCUGACCAGCUCCCGGCGGCACAUCCUCCGCAUCUCCACCCCACCUGAGAGAAAGGAGCGACAGCGCCACCUCAACAAUGCCCUGAGGCACUGUGCAGUGGCGCUUCGGGUGCAGCCGGUGUGAGAUGAACCACCAUUGAAGAGGCCGGAUUUGAAGCAGGCCCAGGGGAAUCAGCAACAAGGCCGCCGUCAGCAAGCCCAUCAGGUGUUGGCAGGUCAAGGUGGAUUCUACCCACCCCUGCCAAAAGUGGUUUAGGCAAGAUAUGUUCGCCUGAACCCUUCUGGAGGGCAGGCGUGCUCAUGAGGACUGAGUCCAGCUCCAUGACAAUGAAGGCCACCCUCUGGGUUGGCGUCAGAUGACUCUUGUCGUUUACAGUAAUGCCCAGCCCGCCGAUGUGGGUCAGGAGCAUGUCUCUGUGUGACAGGACCUGGGUCCAGACGACUGUCCAGAUAAUUGAGGAUCAACAAUCCUCGGGACUUGAGAGGUGCCAGGUCAGCAUCCAUGAACUUUGUGAAAGUGCGGGGUGCCAAGGAGAGCCCAAAGGGAAGAUCCUGAAUUCGUAAGCUGUCCCUUCAAAAGUGAAUCGGAGGUACUGCCAUGUGGCCAGCUGCAAACAGCCAGUGAGUUUACUUCCACGCAAGAUAUUAAUACACUUAUUAUUAUUAAUACAUUUACACAUAUUACACUUACCAGUGACUUACCAAGCGAACUUCAGGAAGUUUAUACCUCAAACCAUAUGAACGUCUGCCGAGAAAAUGAAAGAGAACGUGUGUCGCGGCCUUGGGGUCUAUUUAUAGGGGCGGACCCCAGCCUUGACACAGGUGUACACCGGAGUAAAUCUGUAAAUCCUCGCCUUGGAUGUAUCCCUCUGUUGCAGAGUGAUACCAAUAUAUCGGAGUGAUUCAAUAUAGUGAAACAUAGCAGGGUAUUGCGGAGUAAACUACAGCUGCUGGAACUGAAGGUGGCACGGGAGCAAAGGACAAUGCAAGAGAUCGUCAUCCCAGUAGUGUCAAGAUCCUCGGUAUCUCCUCCAAUACCGAGGAGUGGAAUGGCCAGAGGUUCGUACAUUUUGCGGAAGGCCGAGGCUGACUAGCGGCAUUUCCACUAGUUAUCACAAAGUCAAUGUUGUAACAAUGUAUAAACACAAUAAUGUGCUUUUUGACCUUCAUUUCCGGUUAGGUUAAGGUUUAAAAUCACAUUUGAAGAAGAUACAUUGUAGAAAUAGGAUGGGGGGGGUUAUGACUUUGUGGCUGUGGUAACUAGUGACGACCCGGUUGCGGGGCCUCUAGCGCAUGUGUGACUUGCAUGGAUCCAUGAGCACCAACAUGUGACGUUCAUAGGAGCAUGUCAAAUGAAAGCGGUCUAUAUUUUCUGAAAUGAAGGCAUAUAUACAUGUUCAAUAAUUUUCCAACCUCAAAAUGUUGAAUAAACAAAAGCUUUAAAACAGAUGGAUAAGGGGCCUUAGAAAAUGUCUACCAGAAUGUCUUAAAAGGUAUUAGAAAUACAUCAAAACACGAUGAUGUUGAAGACCCAUGCCAACAUUGCCUUGUGGAUUGAAAUUCCGUUACCAAAAACCCACAUCUUUAAGAUAUUCUCUCCCUCAUGAGGAGAGAGGAUCAAGUAAAAGUUCAGAUGUAAUAAGUGAAGGUAGACCUAUCAAUUAGUUAUUGUUUUUACUGAUAUCAAUUUUGUUUCUGAAUUAUUAAGUGAUUAAAACUCAAUAUAUAAAAUCA